UACGCGACAUGCGAGGGUUGUGAGGAGCACGCGAGACACGCGAGAAUUCGCGAGAGGCUACGUCCGCGCACGCGACGAAGAGACGAGACGAGAGGUAGCUCUUGUGCGACGGAGCGGCUGGAUAAAAAUCUAAUCGCGAGGGAAAAACAAGACGCAGCACUGCGGGCCGAGGAGGAUUUUUCGUCGUCGUCGUCGUCGACGUUGUCAUCGACCCAACCGCGCGGAGAGACGAAGCAAAGUUGAUCUCUCCUCUCGAUUGAGAGCGCCGGGAGAUCGAUUCUCGCGCGCGAGGACGGCAGCUGUCAAAAGUGUGGAGCCGCGAGCGAGCGAGAUAUGGUCUACGGAGGAGGAUUCGACAUGGUGGAGACGAUGCCGCAAACGGUGCCCACCGCGGCCGGCUACUCGCCGUCGUUCGACUACAGCACUUUUCAGUUCGAUCUGUCCCUCUUGCCGGAGGAUUACAGUCCGGCCGGCGACCAGCUCGCCUGUCUGAAGAGCUCGCAGAUCAAGCAGGAGGCGCGAUCGCCGCGUCCGGGAUCGCCCACGAUCUACCAGAGCCCGCCGUAUCAGAACGGCGAGCUGCCCUUGUCGCCCAACUACUCGCACGAGGGAUCCUCGCCGGGAUACCCGACCAGCCCGUAUUACGUACCCAGGAGCCCCCAGAGCGCCCAGUUUUACCCCACCAGCCCGGAACCCUCGGCCAAGCAGCCCGUUAAGAGGGAGAAGAGCCUCGAUCUUUUGGCCAUCCUCCAGGAGUCUAGACUCUUGGCCGAGAGUCUGGGCUACCGAGAGGACUCGACCGAUUGCACGGUGCCCUGUACACCACCUCGUAGCGAGGAGGACAUCUACAACAGUCUGGACGCGGAUUUUCUGGCGAAGAAGGAGGACGCCGGCGUGCAAGGGCACCCUUUGCUCAAGGAGAUUCUCUUCAAGGAGGAACCGCGCUCGGUUUCCAGCAGCAACGGCUCGUCCUUGUCCCCUUCCGCGUCCUCUUCCGCUUCGUCCUCGCCCAGCCCUUCGUGCGAGUUCGAGGGCGGCGGCUCGGCGUUGCGCGAGCUCCUCUUCAAGGGCGCCGCGCGCAAAGAGAACCCGCUGGAGAUGCCGGACAAGCUGAGCCAGCUCAAGGUGGAACGCGGAUCGCGGCAGGAGCUCGCCGCGAAUAAUCCGCUGCGCAAGGACGAGGAGCUCUUCAAGGACGGCCAGAAGAGCGAUCACCAGCUGCUGCGAGAGGUGCUGCGGGAUACCAGCUUCCAGAGGAAGUACAAUCUGCGACCCGUUGAUCUCGGCGGCGUCGGCACCGGCUACGUCGAGGAUAUGGAGGCCGGCGAAUGCGUGGGCGACCUCGCCCGCGAGCAGCUCGAGCCGGUCCUCAGUUUGGCCAUCCAGCAGUUGCAGAAGGACUUCGACAACACCUGCGUGGCCCUCGGCAUUCAUCCAGAACCGAGACGCUGGAGUGCAGCGGACGUGGCGGCCUGGGUGCAGUGGGCCAGACGGCAAUUGCAAUUGCCUUUGGUGCCGCUGGAGAGCUUCAACGUGGAUGGCGCGACCCUGGCCACCCUCACCGAGGAGGAAUUCUGCCAGAGAGCUCCCCAGUGCGGGAGCAUGUUGCACGCGCAAUUAGAGAUUUGGAAGGCCGCUGUCGAGGAGUCACCGCGGAACACCCUGGCCGCUUCUUGGAGUCCCGCAGGGGUGGUCCAGUCUCCGAGCAGCGCCGUGACACCUGCUAUCGGAAAUACAACGACAACGACAACGGGCAGCCUCAAGGAGUCCCCUUGCGCCGUGGACUUCUCCGAUGACGAGGACGAGGAUUGCGCUUCCGGUCAGGGUGCGAGCGGCAGCAGCAGCGGGUCGGGUGGCGGCAAGAUCCGCAACGGCGGCAGCCACAUCCACCUCUGGCAGUUCCUGAAGGAGCUGCUGCAGAGCCCGGGCGUCCACGGUUCCUGCAUACGUUGGCUGGACCGCGGCAAAGGGGUCUUCAAGAUCGAGGACUCGGUGCGAGUGGCGCGGCUGUGGGGCAAGCGGAAGAAUCGGCCGGCCAUGAACUACGACAAGCUCAGCCGCAGCAUCCGACAGUACUAUAAGAAGGGCAUCAUGAAGAAGACGGAGCGCAGCCAGAGACUGGUGUACCAGUUCUGCCAUCCCUACUGUCUGUAAGGGAGUUCUCCAUCCGUUCUCUUCCUUCCCAUAUCCCCCGUGAAUCCUCUUAUGCCUGCGAUCCUUCGGACUUCGGAAAGACCCCAGCACGAGGAGAUCGAAAGGUAAAAAAAAAUGAAAAAAAAAGAAAAUCUAGACGAUCCGCCGUGCUCGAUGUUAUCCCGCGACGAUAACGCCGAGGUCAUGGCUAGGGUCCGCUUAGUACGCCCGUUUGGGCGAUCACUUUCGCCUUGAGUUUAUUCUUCUCUCUCU